AGAUUGAAAUAAAUUUUUAAUUAAAAAAUGUUCAUGUAUAAUAUUUUUUAGAUUUUUCAUGUUCAAUGUUUGUUAAAAUCACUAUGAGUAGUACCAGUACUAGUGAUGCUUAUCUUAGAAAGCAUGACAAGUUGUAGGAUGAAUGAAAUGGACUAAAUGAGAGAGGUUAAAAUGAGAGAAAGAGUGCAAGACAUUGAGUGCAGGUUUAAUAGCUGCAAGUCAAUCCUAGAUUCUGUUACACACAUUCAACCCGCCUUCCUGCUGUGUGUCUCAUCCCUUCCCAUCCUCCUCUCAUUCUCCCUCUCUUUCUCUCUCUCUCUCUCGUGUCACGUGUGCAGGUCUGUGAAUCGCAGCAGCAGCUUUGUGCAUCUCUUUCUGUGUGAGCGAGAGAGAGGCUCAGGGCUGCACUCCUCCAAGGGCUUCUCGUACUCUCUCUCAGCACACAUUCACACACGCACACGCGCAUUCCCGUGCAUCUAGACAGGGGGCUUUCACCAGUCCCAGACACAUCGUCUGCUGCCUAGCGGAGUGCUGCGACUUCCGUCUGGGAGAGCCGGACGGAGAGGAGGGAUUUUACCCAGGAUCCUUCCGUGAUUUGCAACAGCAUGCGCCCGCCAAGCCAGACUUCAUUCCAAGGUUGAGUUGAGCACAGCCGCAGCAGCAGGCAACGAGGGAGGAAUGGAUCGUAGAGAGAGCAGGACGUGGAACUGAGGGCUCGCUGGAUGCUUUUCCGUCAUCAGAGGAUGCUCUGUGCUUCACGGGAGGACGUUUAAGAGUUCGGUGGACGCUCCUGCGCUGUAGUGGAUGGUUUUUGCGCGCUGUCGGAGAGGAGACAUGAGGCCUCUUCUGAAGAACAACCUUGAAUAUUUCCCUCACUGAGGAUGUGCAAACAUUUUUGCUCGGCACAACCACAUCUGAGGUCAUUUCUUCUCUAGACCCACUUAUACCUCAGGGUUGACUUUCAAAACUCAUAAGUGUCUGUGUGCUUCCCAUUGAGCACCGCUGGAUUUGAGACCAGUUUUGCUUCACUGCAUCCAGAGUGCAAAACUGCUGAAACAUCGCCCUCCAUGGUUUCUGCCCAUUUCAAGAAGCUAUCGUCUUACAUUGUAAAGAUUUGCAAAGGAAUGUUUACAAAGAAACUGGCAACUGCCACAAAGAAGAAAGAGAGCAGCGAAAACAAAAAAGAACCCAAAACAUCCCCUGAGCUGCAUGCACGGAACCCGACGUUCUCAACCACACUGAAAAGCACAGUUAAAAAAAUCUCCAAAUGCUCGUCAGCACGCAAUAUAUCUCUUGAGGAGGAUGAUGGAAAAAAUGACUGUUCUUCUCUCUCGCCAACAUUCAGUUACCGUGUAGCAAUUGCGAAUGGACUGCCAAAAAAUGCCCUUUUUCUGAACAAUAAUGAAUUUCAUGAGGUCUUGUCAAUUGAUAGUGAUUACUCUGACUCUCUAAACGAGGCAAAACUUGUCCAUAGAUUCGAUGAACAAAAAGCUUAUACAAUGCCAGUAAGAAGGAACAGGAAGAGUUUGAUUAGUUUAGCGCCUUCUGAUGGUAGCUCAGAGGGGGAACGGGGAGAGCGCAGCAGUCUCCACACUCUUCGAUUGGGUGCUCUGAAAAAGCUGAGAAAAUGGAAGAAGAGCCAAGAAUGUGUGUCCUCAGACUCAGAGGCCAGCAACUGGAGAAAGACUCUUGGCAUCAGAAGCAAAUCUCUGGACCGGGCUGGCCGACACCAGAAAACCACUACCCUGGAGCCGGGAUCCAGCUCGACAGGUUGUAUCAGUCAGACUCAGGAUGUGAUGGAGAUGAUCUUCAAAGAACUUCAGGGAAUCAGUCAGAUCGAGUCUGAGCUCUCAGAACUGCGAGGGCAUGUUAAUGCCCUCAAAAGCUCCAUUGAUGAGAUCUCCAGCAGCGUGGAGGUGGUGCAGAGUGAAAUCGAGCAGCUCCGUUCAGGUUUCGUGCAGUCCAGACGUGAGACUCGAGACAUCCAUGAUUACAUCAGACAGAUUAGCCAACAGACCAACAAAGCUACUCUGAGAUUUCUAAAUGUGCCUGAGGAGAAGUAUGAAAAAACAGAAGAGCUUAUAUAUCAAAUUCUGAAAGAGAAAAUGGGUUUUGCUGAAGCACGCAAGACAUUUAAAAUUGAACUGGCCCAUCGACUAGGGCAACAAAGAGAAUGUUACAAUGCUAAACCUCGACCAAUUGUAGUUAUAUUUUCAAGCCCACAAGACAGGGAUUUAGUUUUGAAAAAGUGUUAUAAGCUUAAAGGGACUGGAAUAUCCAUCUCAACUGAUAGUCUAGCACAUGAUUCAAAAGAAAAGAGAGACAAGCCAAUAGCUUCCUCUCAGACAUAUGAAAGCAUGGACAUCAAGGUCUCAGCCAAAGACAAGGCUGAAAGUGAUGACUGGGACUCCAUGGAAAGUGACAAAGAGCUUGAUGAAUUAAACAAGAACAAAUAUGCAAUUGUGUCCAAACCACCUCCAAAAAGUAAAUCGGACAAGAAAAAGUCUCACGAUCACCGAAGGAUGGCCGAUGACUCUGCAUACUCUGUGCACUAUGCAGAUAAUACAGCCUACGAUGACCACGACAAGCAAAGUAAGUCCUACUAUACCGACUUAACACCUGGAUGGCUUUCUCAAAGCGACUACUCCACUCCCAAACUUAGCCGUUCUGAAUCUGACUGCUCUAAACUUUGCCAGUCUUACUCUGAGGAUUUCUCAGAGAGUCAGUAUUUCAGCAGAGUCAAUGGCUGCUCCUUGCUUUCCUCCUCAGAUCAGGAACUUUGGCAACGGAAGCAAGAAGACAUGGCAUCCUCCUGGUAUGCUAGUCCUCCCAGUCAAACUCUGAGCCAAGAACGACCUUAUGUGGAGCAUAAUGAAGUUGAAACCACUGAGACUAUUGACAGUGGUGUAAGUAAUGGUCUUGUUUGUAUAUCAGGGGACAGGAGCCAUUACAGCGGCUCUCAGCUCUCGCUGCAGGGUGACCUCUCACCAUGGAAAGAUUGGCAUCACUUUGAACAAGGUGCUGAUUCAGGUUUGGAUGCUUCAACUGAGCAGAACAUAAUCUCUGAGAUCAGUAGUCCCUUUGACCCUGCAGCUAACCCUGGUUUCCCUGAGAAAAUUACUAAAUGCCUUGAGGUUGAUUUACAGUUUGAAGGUGAGACCUUCCUGACACUAGAUAGCACUCCUGAGACAGGCCAAGACCAGGAUAUAGAUAUAGAACCUGAAUUUUUAGAACCUGAGCUAGAUCUAGAGCUAGAACUUGAGCCAGAACCAGAACCAGAGCCAGAGCCAGAGCCAGAGCCAGAGCCAGAACCAGAACCAGAACCAGAAAAAAUGGCACAGCCAGAACCUGAACCUGAACUUGAACCAGAACCUGAACCAGAGCCAGAGGCUGUGAUUGAACCCAUACCAAAACCAGUACCUAAACCUGCAGCUGAACCGCAACCCGAAAAGAAGCCCAAGACCAAGAAGAUCCAAGCUAAGCCUGAAUCAGCUCCACAAACUUUGCAGCGACAAGAUGUGAACCACCUCCAGCAAAGCCAGAAAUCUUCAGCUAUGUACCGGAGCCAGAGUGAGAUCAGAAAUGAGAAGGUGGAGGACGUCCCCAAAUCAUGGAGUAGCAGGCUUAGCAUAGACCUCAGUGAAAAAACCUUCGGCUUUGGAGGUUUUGGAUCCACCCUGCAAAGAGCAAAGUCAGCUUUGGAUUUUGUGUGGAAUAAAGGCUCCCAAAGCACCAGCGCCCCGGUUGAAGAACCAAGCAACACCUCAUUCAUGGGCAGGUUCAGAACCAUGUCCCAGUCCACAGCGAACAGCUCCAGCACAACCAUUGACUCUGAUGUCUACACAGAACCUUUCUAUUACAAGGCAGAAGAGGAAGAACAACCUGCUGAACAACCUGUGGACAAUGAGACAAAUUAUGUGGAGGUGAUGGAACAAGUUUUAGCCAAUUUGGAAAACAGAACAAAUGCCAAUGAUGCUGAGGAACAGUACCAAGAGGAGGAAUAUGAUGUCUCGCAAGAAUAUGAAAUCUCUCAAGAGGGUAACCUUGUGUUGGAAUAUGACUGCAGCCUUGAUGAACAAUAUGAUGAGGAAUACAGUGAGGAGUAUGAUGACAAUCCCAUGACUGAAGACACAGCGGAGUAUGAUGUGAGUCUGGUGGAUUAUGUGGAAGAAACAGAGGAACCAGAAGUAGAGAUCGAGGAACAGGAGGAAGGCAAAGAGGAGGUGCAGGAGGUUCAAGAUACAUCAAAAACGAAGGGUGCAGACAAGGUAGAAGAAACUGUAGAACAAGAGGAUGAGAACAAAAAUGUUACAGAGGUUCCUGUGCAGGAAGCACCACCCAAAAAAAGAAUACGUCCCACCUUUAAAGAGGCAGCAUUAAGAGCUUACAGAAAGCAGAUGGCUGAGCUGGAACAGCAGAUCCUGGCAGGAGACAGCACUGCUCUGGACACGGAGGGUCGUGCCAAUAUCCUGGACCCAGCCAAACUGGGGCUCACCGGCGGAGGGGUUGGCAGUAUACUUUAUGGCAUUGACAGCAUGCCAGAUUUACGUCGCAAGAGGACCAUGCCUAUUGUCCGAGACCUGGCUUUGACAUUGGCUGCUCGAAAGGCAGGCAUUGCGUUUGGGCUCGUGAACAGAACAACUCUAAACAACGAGGAGCUGAAACUGCAUGUGCUCAGAAAGACUCUCCAAGCACUGAUCUAUCCCAUCUCCUCCACGACACCCCAUAAUUUUGAAGUGUGGACAGCCACCGCACCCACCUACUGUCACGAGUGUGAGGGUCUGCUAUGGGGCAUAGCCCGGCAGGGCAUGCGCUGCACCGAAUGCGGAGUGAAAUGCCACGAGAAAUGCCAGGACCUCCUGAACGCAGACUGUCUCCAACGUGCAGUAGAGAAAAGCUCGAAACACGGAGCUGAGGACAAAACCCAAAACAUCAUCAUGGCCAUGAAGGAACGGAUGAAAAUCAGGGAGAAGAACAGACCCGAGGUGUUCGAGGUGAUUCAGGAGAUGUUUCAGCUCACAAAAGAAGACUUUAUCACUCACCUGAAGACAGCCAAACAGGCCGUGCUGGAGGGGACGUCCAAGUGGUCUGCCAAAAUCACCAUCACGGUUUUAUGUGCUCAAGGUUUGCAAGCCAAAGACAAGACGGGCUCCAGUGACCCCUACGUCACAGUACAAGUGGGAAAGACUAAACGCAGGACCAAAACUGUUUUCGGCAAUCUCAACCCCGUCUGGGACGAGAAGUUCUUCUUUGAAUGUCAUAAUGCCACAGACCGUAUAAAAGUUCGUGUGUGGGAUGAAGACGACGACAUAAAGUCCAGAGUGAAGCAGCACUUUAAGAAGGAAUCUGAUGACUUUCUGGGUCAGACUAUCAUUGAGGUGCGGAUGCUGAGCGGGGAGAUGGACGUCUGGUAUAACCUCGAGAAGCGGACAGAUAAGUCAAUGGUGUCAGGGGCCAUCAGGCUGAAGAUCAGCGUUGAGAUGAAAGGGGAAGAGAAGGUGGCUCCGCCUCAUGGGCAGUACACAUGUUUACACGAGAAUCUCUUCCACUACCUGACGGAGGUGAAGAACAGUGGAGUCGUGAAGAUCCCGGAAGUCAAAGGCGACGAUGCCUGGAAGGUUUACUUUGACGACGUGUCGCAGGAGAUCGUGGAUGAGUUUGCCAUGCGUUUUGGUGUGGAGUCCAUCUACCAGGCCAUGACUCAUUUCUCUUGUCUCUCAUCCAAGUACAUGUGUCCCGGUGUUCCCGCGGUGAUGAGUAACUUGCUUGCCAACAUCAACGCCUACUUUGCUCACACAACAACAGCAACCACCAACAUAUCGGCCUCCGACCGAUUUGCAGCAUCCAACUUUGGGAGAGAGAAGUUUGUUAAACUCUUGGAUCAGCUUCACAACUCUCUGAGGAUCGACCUCUCUAAGUAUCGGGAUAACUUUCCUGCUGGAAAUCCAGAGAGACUCCAGGAUUUAAAAUCAACUGUUGACCUGCUGACGAGCAUCACCUUUUUUAGGAUGAAGGUGCAGGAGCUGCAGAAUCCUCCCAGAGCCAGUAUGGUAGUUAAAGACUGUGUGAAGGCCUGUCUGGACUCCACCUACAAAUACAUCUUUGACAACUGCCAUGAGCUCUACAACCAGCUACUGGACCAGGCUAAGAAGCAGGAUCUGCCACGUGAGGAACAGGGUCCGUCCAUCAAGAACCUGGACUUUUGGCCCAAACUGAUCACACUGAUGGUGUCUGUUAUAGAUGAGGACAGAAUGGCCUACACACCCAUCAUUAACCAGUUCCCGCAGGAGUUGAAUAUGGGUAGAAUUAGUGCUGAAAUCAUGUGGAACCUCUUCGCCAUGGAUAUGAAGUACGCAAUGGAGGAACAUGACAAGCAUCGUCUAUGCAAGAGCACAGAGUACAUGAAUUUGCACUUCAAAGUCAAAUGGUUCCACAACGAGUACGUCCGAGACCUGCCUGCCUUUAAGGGAAUUCCUCCAGAGUAUUCCCUGUGGUUUGAGCCGUUUGUUAUCCAGUGGUUGGAUGAAAAUGAAGAUGUAGCAAUGGAUUUUGUUAACGGAGCUCUAGAGAGAGAUAAAAAAGAUGGGUUUCAGCAGACAUCAGAACACGCUCUCUUCUCUUGCUCGGUGGUGGAUGUGUUCACGCAGUUGAACCAAAGCUUUGAGAUCAUUAAGAAGCUGGAGUGUCCGAACCCUCAAGCUCUCGCUCACUUCAUGCGCAGAUUUGCAAAGACCAUAAAUAAAGUUCUUCUCCAGUAUGCUGCAAUCAUCUCCAAAGACUUCAGCAACCAUCUGAGCAAGGAGAAAGUGCCCUGCAUCAUCUUGAACAACAUCCAGCAGCUCCGAGUUCAGCUGGAGAAGAUGUUUGAGUCCAUGGGAGGAAAACAGGAGGAAGGGACUGUGGUCUUCUGCAAGCUGGACGCUGAGGCCAGUGAUCUGCUCAAAGAACUUCAGAAUAAGCUCAAUACGGUGCUGGAUGAGCUCAGCGGGGUCUUCGGCUCCAGUUUCAAGCCAGUGAUUGAGGACUGUGUCAAACAAAUGAACCAGGAGCUCAUGCAGAUGAAAGGAAAUGCAGGGAACAAGAGUAACGCAGCCAUGGAUGCAGAGACUGUCCUGCGACCCCUCAUGGACCUGCUGGACAAGAACCUAAUUCUGUUUGCUAAGAUCUGUGAGAAGACAGUUCUCAAACGGGUUCUGAAGGAGCUGUGGAAAAUAGUCCUCAACACCAUCGAACGACAGAUUGUUCUUCCGCCACUCUCAGACCAGACACAAGGGGCUCAGAUGAUUUUCAGUGCUGCCAAGGACCUGGGUCAGCUCUCCAAGCUCAAGGAGCAUGUGAUCCGGGAGGAAGCUCGUAGUCUGAGCCCUCGACAAUGUGCCGCCAUGGAUUUAGUGCUUCCCACCAUCAAGCAAUAUUUCCAUGCGGGUGGAAACGGUCUGAAGAAAACCUUCCUGGAAAAGAGCCCCGAUCUCAAGUCCUUGAAAUACACCCUCAGCCUUUACACUCAACCCACAGAUGCCUUGAUCAAGAAAUAUAUAUGCACCCAAACCUCUCAAGGUCAGUCCACGUCUGGAUCCAUUGGGGAGGUCGCCAUCCAGGUGGACCUGAUCUCACACCCCGGUACUGGAGAGCACAAAGUCAGCGUCAAAGUUGUGGGUGUGAACAAUAUCAACUGGCAGACCAAUGCCAUGUUUCGCCCCUUCGUGGAGAUCAAUGCCAUCGGCCCACACUUGGCUGACAAGAAACGCAAGUUUAGCACCAAAACCAAGAAUAACAACUGGUCUCCAAAAUACAAUGAAACAUUCCAGUAUGUGCUGAGUAACGAACAUGGCCCAGAGGCCUAUGAGCUUCACAUCUCCGUGAAGGACUACUGCUUUGCCCGAGAGGACCGAAUCAUCGGUAUGACGAUCCUGCAGCUCAGAGAACUGGCCGAAAAGGGCAGCCUGAAUGCCUGUUAUCCACUCGCCAGGAGCGUAACAAUGGACGAAACCGGUCUGACCAUCAUGAGAAUACUCUCGCAAAGGACCAACGACGAAGUGGCCAAAGAGUUUGUACGUCUCAAAUCAGACACGCGGUCAGCCGAGGAAGUAUCGUAAAGAACCGGUGGGGAGAAAAAAAAGAGCGGGAGGGAUAUCGCAACGCAAGACGGUUGUGUUUGUUUUUGUGCAUGUGUGUAAAACAUCUGUUGGAAUGUUCAUUUUAAACUACAAGUACGUACAAAAGUGUUUACCUACCGUAUGCUCUCUAUCAAAUAUUAUAUUCUACGAAGUUAUGUUCAAGAGAUGUUGAAUACAGUUUUGUAUGACGAUUAGUCUUUUUGAACAGAUACUGUAUUUGUUCAGAUAAAGUGCCAAACCUGAUGUUAAAAAAAUAACAAACGCAUAUGAAUUAUUGGUGAAGUUGGUAUCUUUCUAAAUUUGCUCGAUUCUUUUGUCCGGUGUAUAUCAUCCUCUCUUUCAGUGUGUAGCGGUUUUGUUCGUCUUUUCAUUUUCACACCGUUUUUUGUUGGUUCGUUUGUUUGGUUUUUGGUAACACACCCUUCCUCACACAGCACUGGUGGUGCAUGUCUCGUUUUCUUGGUGACGUCUCUCCCAUGUGUUCGCAGUGACUGUGGGCGUCGGCUCGGAACCUCUCCCCUCCAAUGUUUUGUAUUUUGAGCCAACUUUAAAAAGAGACCAUUUUUUAAAAUGGCGAUGACUGCUAUGAAUCUCUUCAUACGUGUUUGUAAUUUUAUAGUCGUUGACAACAAUGAAAACCACCUUGAGUGCUGCCAGUCCAGGCAGGAGGGGUGGGAUGUUAUUUUUGUUUGUUUUGUAGGUUUAGUUCCUUUGUUUCCUUUUUUUUUUUUUUUUUUUCUUUUUUUUUUACCAUAGGCUUUCAGCCUUUCUGAAUUAUCACUGUGAACAUGGGCUCUGAAAGGCAAGCUUACAUCACAUUUGUUGACUGUUUGAUAUCAUCUUUUUAUUUUUUGAAACAACUUUGAUUCUAAAAAAAAAGAAAAAAAAAAGAAAAACUGCCAAAGUUACAUGAAAAUAUUCAUACAAAAGCAAUCCAUGAUCUGUAUGAAAAUCAGUAUAUACUAUGUACACGUGCUACAUAUUGUACAUGAAUCAUGUUUCUAGUAUUGCUGAAUCAUAUCUGAUUGUUGGGCCGGGUUCUUCAGGAUCUUCAGUUUUUCAGGAUGAUUUCUGUGAAGUUGUUUUAUCUGGUAUGAACGUGGUAAAUGUUGCUUUACAAGAAGAGUCAUAUUGAUCGCCGUCAUCUCAUUUAUUUUUGUUUACAGAGGAAAAAGUUUAACAUUUGGUAUUUAUGCAACAUUCCUAUGUAUUGCACUGAUGGCAAAUUGUAUGUCAUGUAAAUAUAUUUAGUGAGAAAUUGUAA